GGCGAGUCCGGCGGCAGCGGCCUCCGGGGCUGGGGUCCGUCUCGGCGGCAGCGGCGGAAGUCUCGCGAGGGAGCGCGGUCGGGAUUUGGCGGCGCUGCCUCCCUCUCUCCCUCCCUCCUCCCUCCCUGCCUGUCGCUGGCUGCGAGGCGCUGGUGUUUGUGUGGAAGGGGGAGGAGGAGGAGAAGGAGGGCAGGCGAAAGGAGCCCGAGCCCCACCAUCCGCCGAGGGGAGCGGACCGGAGGCCCCUCGCCGCCCGCGGAGCUCUCUUUCCCUCCCCUCGCCUCACCAUGGCCUCGGGAGACACCCUGUACAUCGCCACGGACGGCUCAGAGAUGCCGGCCGAGAUCGUGGAGCUGCACGAGAUCGAGGUGGAGACCAUCCCCGUGGAGACCAUAGAGACCACCGUGGUGGGCGGCGAGGAGGACGAGGAGGAGGAGGAGGAGGACGAGUGCUGCGAGGAGUGCGGCCCGCACCACCCGCCCCAUCACUACCACCACCACCAGCCCAUGAUCGCGCUGCAGCCGCUGGUGUCGGACGGGGACCCCAGCGGGGCGGGCGGCGGCGCGGCCGGCGGCGGCGGGGGGCAGCUCCACCUGCACCACCACCACCAGGAGGUGAUCCUGGUGCAGACCCGCGAGGAGGUGGUGGGGGGAGACGACUCGGACGGACUGCGCGCCGACGACGGGUUCGAGGACCAGAUCCUCAUCCCUGUGCCGGCCCCCGCCGGGGAGGACGAGUACAUCGAGCAGACCCUGGUCACUGUGGCCGCCGCUGGCAGCAAGAGCGGAGGCGGCGGCUCCUCCUCGGCCGGCGGAGGAGGCCGCGUUAAGAAGGGCGGCAGCGGCAAGAAGAGCAGCAAGAAGAGUUACCUGAGCGGGGGAGGCGGCGGCGGGGCCGAGGGCGGCGGCGGCAGGAAAUGGGAGCAGAAGCAGGUGCAGAUCAAGACCCUGGAGGGGGAGUUCUCGGUCACCAUGUGGGCCUCGGAUGAUAAAAAGGAUAUUGACCAUGAAACAGUGGUGGAAGAGCAGAUCAUUGGAGAGAAUUCUCCUCCAGAUUACUCAGAGUACAUGACAGGGAAGAAACUUCCUCCUGGUGGAAUACCUGGCAUUGACCUCUCAGACCCCAAGCAACUGGCUGAAUUUGCUAGAAUGAAACCAAGAAAAAUUAAAGAAGAUGAUGCUCCACGAACGAUAGCUUGUCCUCACAAAGGCUGCACGAAGAUGUUCAGGGAUAACUCUGCCAUGAGGAAGCAUCUGCACACUCAUGGCCCUCGAGUACACGUAUGUGCAGAAUGUGGCAAGGCCUUUGUGGAGAGCUCAAAACUAAAGCGGCAUCAGCUAGUUCACACUGGAGAGAAACCCUUUCAGUGUACAUUUGAAGGAUGUGGAAAGCGUUUUUCACUGGACUUCAAUUUACGCACACACGUGCGAAUUCACACUGGUGACAGGCCCUAUGUUUGCCCGUUUGACGGCUGCAAUAAGAAGUUUGCGCAAUCAACCAACCUGAAAUCUCACAUCUUAACACACGCUAAGGCCAAAAACAACCAGUGAAAGUCGAGGAGAAAGUUCUCGAACUCAAAGCAUCUUACAGGAAAAUCAAUUGGAAAGAAAUACGCCUCCCCUUUGUAUAUUGUUUCUAGGAAAGAAUUUUAAAAAAAAAGAACCCUACAAAACUUAAGGACGUGUUUUGAUAAGUAGUAAAUAAAAAGCAAAAAAAAAACCACACAGAAAACUUGAAGGUGACAUUACUAAGAUGAUCCACCUUGGUCUGUAAGCCCGUUUCAAGAACACGGUGUUUUGUAAAGUGUGGCCCCAACCGGACGGGUCAGCUCGUGAACUUGCAUCAGAAAAGACAAUUCUUUAUACAACAGUGCUAAAAUUGGACUUCUUUUCACAUUCUUAUAAAUAUGAAGCUCACCUGUUGCUUACAAUUUUUUUUAAUUUUGUAUUUUCCAAGUGUGCAUAUUGUACACUUUUUGGGGAUACGCGUAGUAAUGCUAUGUGUGAUUUUCUGGAGGUUGAUAACUUGCUUGCGGUAGAUUUUCUUUAAAAGAAUGGGCAGUUACAUGCAUACUUCAAAAGUAUUUUCCUGUAAAGAAAGAAAAGUUAUAUAGGUUUUGUUUGCUAUCUUAAUUUUGGUUGUAUUCUUUGAUGUUAACACAUUUUGUAUAAUUGUAUCGUAUAGCUGUAAUGAAAUCAUGUAGUAUCAAAUAUUAGAUGUGAUUUAAUAGUGUUAAUCAAUUUAAACCCAUUUUAGUCACUUUUUUUGGAGAAAUACUGCCAGAUGCUGAUGUUCAGUGUAAUUUGCCUGUUCAGUUACGGAAAGUGGUGCUCAGUUGUAGAAUGUAUUGUACAGGCACUGACCGUUUAUUAACACCUGGUAAUAUGUACAUCCCCCAUGUAAUAGAAAGGACAACAAUAAAACAGUGGUCCUAAAGAAAGAAUCUGGCAGAAAAUGAUCUGUAAGCGCAGUCAAUUUUCUUUUGUUGUCCAGAGCAGUUCUAGUUCCUCUUGACCUCCCAGAAACUGGAAGCUAAAUAAACUCAAGUUUCCUUUACUUUGCAUUCAAUUACAGUGAUUUGUGAUGUAGUUAAGUUAAUGCCACAUCAGGUGGUAUAUCUAAACAGAAUUGCUGACUGUAAUUCUGGUUUUGAGUGACCUAGACUUCCAUUAACUGGAACGAUGGAUUUGGAGAUGUGGCAGUGUAGUGGGGAGUGUUCUGUGUGCCUGGACAGCAACUAGGUAAAACAGUACAGGAAAUAACUUAAUGGAAACCGUUGUUUAGUCAAGGUAAGGAAUGUUGGCAGUUUAAAUGCAGUAACGAUAGAAAGUGGAGAAAUGGUAGGGUUUGGGUGAUCAUACCAGGAAAAAAACAAACCGUUUCUUCUUUUGUCUAACUUGCUUGAGUGUAAUGAUAAAAAUUCUUGGAACCCUAUUGGACACCUUUUGUUUCAAAACAAGAACUUGAAGUUCUAAGAACUAGAUGGAGUUGAGUUUUGAUGGUCUAACUAAGAGUGGUUACUUCUCAUUUGUUCAAGUGUUCAAAGAAAACUUAGAUACUAUAGUAAAAUGUGACAGAUUAAUAAACAGAAGAAUAUGCAGAGAAGUGCAUAAGUUAUUUUUUAGAGGCAUGUAACAUAUUUUAAUGCAGUAAAAAGUGUUGUUAAUCUUUUUCUGAAUUCUGUUCUUAAAAGGUUCAUCAAAGUUUUCAUUGCUAAUACUGUAAAAUUUAAUUUAGAGUCCAGUGUUGGUGGUAGUGGCAAAAACAUGGGUAAUAAAGAAACUGCACUUACGACCAAGGGAAUUUUCAUCCAUACAUAAGUUAAUCUGAACACUGCAACUCUAGUCUGAGGUUAUUAGAGGUAGAAAGAAAGUUGGGACAUUUAAUUGUAAAGUAUGCGUUAGAAUUUUGGCAGUAUUUUUUCUUUUAUAUAUAAGCAGUUUUUGAACAGGACAAUAUACCGAAACUUGUAUAGUUAUAGUUAAAUUAAAUUCUGUAUACAGUUAAAUUAGUGUCUAUUCUUUUUGGAAGGAAAUAAAAUUAAUUCAGUCUAGUUCUAAUUGACCUUAUAUUUUUUCUUAAGCAGUAUCUGUGAUGGUGUUAGGCUUACACAGAAGUUUGCUUUCCUGUGUUAUAAAGUCAUUUAUUGAAUUGCGAGGUAUCAGUACUUCAUCCUUGAACAUACAUUAGGGACUGAACUAUGUUACUUUGAACAUACAUUUGAGACUAAGCUAUGUUAAAUAUUGAUUUGAGGACCAACUGGGAACUGUAACUGUUAUUGCCUCUGGUUAUAUUGCAUCUCAUUACAGAGAGACAUUUCCAUCUAGGCCUCAAAUCAGUAGCACUCAAUAUACGCCUUAGUGCAGGUAGCAACACUCAGUAGCUUGAAAGGUCUUGCUUUGUAAGUACUUAAUUCAUACUAGGUAUGAAUAUAUACAAGCACUGAGCAGCUGCUAUAACUUGUUUAAGCUUUUAGGGUAUAAUUGGCACACCUUGCUCUUAAAACAUCCUGCUUAAUUGAUUCCAGAGUUUUCCUCAAGGUUUUUCAGUGAAGAAAUUACAGGAUUUGAGAAUAGCAACAGAGUUGACUUUGAAACCACCAUUCCCAUCGUGCUGUUGAGUUCCUGCAUUGCACCACCAAUUUGUGAGCAAGUUCAGGUAAGGGGAGAAGGAGAUGAGGGGUGGUAGAAAUGCGGGUUUAAAACUGGCAAAAAAUUUCCAUGCUUAUUCAUUACACAUGUUGUACUGCUCAUUUGAUUGUACAUAGGCCUUGUUUUGUUCUGCUGCUGUCAGAAUGAAAGGAGGCAAACUCAGACCAACUUUAAAGGUAGAACUGACCAGACUUUUCUCUGUCUAUUUAUGGUCUGUCAGUAAAUGCAAAAUGAACAACUUAAUUAUUUGUGGAGAGUGUUUCUUGAAAAGGUUACUGUAGGAGGACUGCAGGUUCAGAUUUGAAAUGCUAGGAGAAUAAAUCCUUAAUAAAGAGAAUGCCAGCUCCUCAGCUGAACCUGCACUGAAUUUUAUCUUCUGUUUGAAGAGGGUCACUGUGGAAUUGAGGUAGUGCAUUUUGACUUUUCCCUGUAAUGGCUGCAAGUUGUCAAGCAACAAAGCCAAAUACUUAACACAUCCUGACAACACUUUGUCAGCAAUAAUGUAGUUUUAAGGGCAGGUGGAGAUCCUUUCUAGUAAUUCCACAGUGGGUAAAAAGCAAAAGAUGCAGUAAUUACCAGAAACUGCAAAAGUAACGAGGUUUUAAAAUGCUUGAAGAAAGUGAAUUCCUUCAAAGUGUCAUGGCUGUGAUAACAAGUGUUUCCAUGUGCUCAUCACAUAGCUCACAGGAUAUUUUGUCAGUAUGCCUUGGAAAAACUGGGGCUGGUUGAUUUUUCUACUCAAUUGAUGCGUAAAUUUGAGGACAGUAUGUGCUGAAUAUCAUUCUUCCAAGUGUUUCCUUAAUACCUUGAAGCAAUAGAGAAAAUCUGGAUUUUUCAUCAGGGCUGCUAGACAAAUCUGUCUGAGAAGUCUUUAUCAGUCAAGUGGCAGCUGCUACUGGCAUUGGUUUGUCUAUAAUGUGUAUCCAUAAUGAUGGCAUUUCAGAAUAAGAAGUUUUUAAUCUGUACAGCACCUUCUAAAAUCUGUGUAAUCAUGGUGUGAGGAGAGGAGUAAAGCAUGUUUGUGUCAGCAGUGAGCUUUACUGCACUCAAGUUCCCGGAGCACUUAAAGCUACUGAGGGGAACGUGGGGAGGAUUUCAAAAGUGAAUAUUGGGUGUGAAUUUUGCAGGCAGGAAUACAAAUAACAGUUGGCUUCCGUAUGCUUGUUUCUGGCUGUGUAAAUGGAAUACUUUUAAAUGCAGUACUUUCCUUGGGAAGAGUCCCACGGCAAAAGAUGUGAAAGUGAAGUAGAGCAGAGGGAGUGCAACCCUGUUACUGAACACAAGCAGGAACAUCUGCACAGUGGUGUGCAAAGGUAGACAUGAACCAGAGCAGGACUGUAUGUGCUUGUAUUAUGAUAUUCAAUAUUCAGUUUGAUAAUAUGAAUUGGUCUAGUGUCAAGUUGCUAGAGUGUGAUAAUGGCUUUACAGCAAUGCUGAAAUGCCACCAGGGUGGCUACUGGUUUAAUUUUGUAAGGUAAUUGAAUCAGUCAUCCUUUUCUCAACUUCAUUCUCUUUGCCUAAAGCAAGCCAGCUUUUAUGUAAACUCUCAUUGAUCCUAUAUUAUUAAGGAAGUUUAACUUAGGAAUUUUUUUUCAAUAUUUUUCUCUGGAAAUGUCUGGAAAGUGUUGCAUUUCCUUUGAGGCAAGCACAUCAGAUUCCGUAUAAGAGUUAAUGUGAAUUUUUCAGGUCCUGGUUUCCCCUACAGUGGCAGGAAAACACUGUUUUGCUGUAGGUGAAUGAAUAAGAUUUGUUAUAGCAACUGGGCUUUAGACAAUUCCCAUUUUAGGGUUUUCCAAAUCUUCUGUUACUUCUAAGAGAAAAGCUCUAAGCCUGGGUGCUGGUUGGGUACCACAGCCUCUGUUGUGUGUCCUGCUGUGGAUGUGACACCCUCUUGUGAGCUGCUGUUCUCACCAGGUUCCUCUGUCUGCUGGGGGCUGUCCUCGGGAGCAAGCCUGAAGUUCUGUCCAAACUGCUGGUGAAUUUUGGGAGGGAGAGGAAGGGAUGGCAAGUCUGUGGCGUCUUUGCAGGACUUGUGGGCGCUCUCUUUGCCACCACUUUUUAAGAGAUGUUGCAGGUUUAAGUGUGAUUCCUCUAAUAGCUGUGGGAUCAGCUGAUGUGUGUCAGUGCUUUGUUUCAGUUCAGAAACUCCCGGGUAGCAGUUUGCCAGGAGAUGGCAGUGAAUUACCUCUCUGCAUAGCGUGACCAGCAGACAGAAUGGCAGUGUCAGGGUGCCCCUGCGAGGUCAAGUGUGGGUCCUGUGGUGGUCAGUGCACCUUGGCACACUUGGAGCGUGCCAGUGUCAAAGAGCAAAAUGCCUGCACACCGCUCAGAAGAAUAGGAAGUACAAUUGUGUGCUGAUUUCUUGAGAGUCCUGAGUGUACUUGUGCAUUCAUUUAAAGCACCAGCAAGGCACUGUAAAUAAAAAUUGUUGAGUGUGACGUGGGUCAUAUAUACAUAUAUCCAUCAAAUAUUAAUAUGAAGUAGAGAGUGAUGUGGAAAUCCAGUGAUCAACGGUGUUAAUGAAUGUGCUUUCAGCUGUGAGUGGCUGUUUUGGUUAACUGCUGUACCUGUAAAACAUCACUGCUUCUCUCCAGCAGAGGCAUCCUAAAAUGCCCAAGCUCUUCUGAGGCAGCUCGGGCCUUUGCUUCAGUCUGUUGCUGCUCAUAUUGCGUGCAAGGCCAUUGCAGAGACUGAACGACAGGACCCAUGUUUCAUCAGGGUCCUGCAUUGCUGCUCUUUAGGGGAUCAGAGAUCUCAAGUAACUGGUUUUCCUCCCUGGAGCAGGCCCACAGGAAAAGUGUAUUUCAAAAGAAUGUGAAUAACCAAUAUUUUUGAGGAAAAUGAUAGAGCAUGUGAAGACUGUGGCAUAAUAUGUACUGCUUGUUAAACAGUGGCAAAUCCAUACACAAAAAGUCUUGGUGACCAGAUAGAUCCUAAUGUUCUUUGGCCAAAACUCAUCUUGGGAACUGGUUGCAAGACAAAUCUGUGGAAAACUGUAGGUUAGUGUUUUGAUUUAAGGGCUCAUAAAGUCAGGUGUCCUUCAGAGCUGCAAGGUGGACUUGCCAAGGACCUCACUGACCUUGCCCGUGCCAGUUUUGGCUUACAAAGGUUUUGACUGCUUCAAACAUGGGGCAUCAUGAAGCUUAUGCUUUGAUUUACUUUUCAACAAGUGUUUUUUUCUUAGCAAAACAGAAAAUAUCUAUUCUUUUGAUAUAGAAUCCUUCAGUUUUCAGUCUUACCUGAUGUUUUGACUGAACCUCCAACAGAUUUAUAUGAAUCUACUGACUCCCAUAGCUUCAAAGGGCAUACAAAUGUUUAUGGUUUGAAAACGGAUUGUAAGGAAUAAUACUUCUGGGAGGUCUUUAGGUUUUCCUCUCGUGUUGGUUGAUUGGUUUGCUUGUUUUUAUUUUUGCCUCUUGCGUAGGCUAGGGACAGGGGAUUUCAUCUCAAUUUUUUCCAGAGUGUGAAAUGAAAAUGUGUCCAGUCUCUCUGUUUAGAAUUGGCAGGAAAGCAGGUAACUGCCUGGAUGAAUUUAACGGUAGAAUUAAUUUUUACAUUUACCUCCUUUAACUGCAGUUAAAGUUUGAACUUCAUUACUGGCCUGUUUGAAAAGCACCUUUGAUAGAUUCUUCCUAAUUGUGAAAAUACCUUCCUAAGUGAAAAUACCUCAGUGUACAAGGAAGAAGGUGUAUGGCCUGGUUGAUUGCAACACUGAAGUAUUCCUAAUCUACAAUAAAUCUCUGCUUAAGAUAAUAGAUCAGAUCCUAGAAGAAGAAUAUUCUGUUUAUUUUGUACCAACUUUAAUCUGGCCAAGUCAAAUUACUUGAGAACACUUCUUUCUAUUCUGAGAUAUAUGUAGGAAACGGUGCAGACCAUGUAUUUUAUUGAUUGACACAUGGAUGUGGCUAAAAUGGUACAAGUCUAUUUUACUGUCAACAAAAAAAUGCAGUGUGCUUCUUUCAGUAAGAAAAAGUCAUAAUAAAUUAUGAUAGUGAAUGAUGACUAAGCAAUUUGACUGUGUGAGUUGUUACACUGUAUAGACCCUAAGAACAUUUCAUGAACAUUAGAACUUGAUGUUCUUCCAUUUAUAUCAAUCUGUAGGGCAUUAGUGUACACUGCAGACCUUACCUUGAUUUCAGUUUAUUUAUUGAUGAAUCUGUACAGAUCAACAUCACUUUCUAGGUCAACUCAGAUAAAACCAGUAAUAAACUAUAAGUAGAAAAGC